GAUAUAAAUGAUGCGCGAGUUGUCUGUCGUCAACUUGGUUAUCCUUCUGCUGUCAGUGCUCCACACAGCGCCCGGUUCGGUCAAGGAAGUGGAAAUAUUUGGCUGGACGAUGUUCAGUGUCAGGGAUAUGAAAGUUCCAUUUGGAAUUGUAAUCACACUUCAUGGGGUGUUCGUAACUGUGGACACCAUGAGGAUGCAUCUGUGGUCUGCUCGAGUAAGUAUGAUAUUUAUUUAUUGUGAACAACUUAAUUGGUUAUUCACCUAACAUGGAACGACCGAAGAGUUAAAACUAGACCUGUUCUGAUUGUGCUCUGAACCCUUUGAGCAAUUUUUUGUCGGUUCUGGCAACCUUGAGCAAUUUUUAGCCGUUCUGGACAAUUUUGAGCAAAAUAUAGGUUUAGGGCGCAUAUCAAGCACGAAAAAGUGAAAAAAGCCACGUUUGAAGCUAGGGAGACUGAGAUGAAAUCGAGCUUCAAAGUAAAGACACGAAGCAUUUUCAUUUUUAAAAUGUAUCGCGCCAUAAAGUUCUUCAAAAAUUGGUUUGACUUGAUUUGGCCGUGUAUGUACAACUGAAACAUUUGUAGAGAUUACCGGCCUAGUAGCUUCUAUUCAGUCAUGAACCGCCUUAUGGGACUUUCUCUCAUUUGACCUAUGGUGUAUUAAGGUAAUGAAAAGCAAAAAUAUAAUUAUGCAUAAACUUCCAGUACUCAUAGGUAGGCUCAUUCAUUAUUAGCUUUUCUCGUGAAAAGUAGAAUCUCUUGAAGGGCGUCAAUUUACUAUCUAAACUCAGUAAAUAAAUUGCCACUUUUUAUACGUCAGGUUUAUUGAGAUUGGUUGGAGGAACUUGGUCCGGAGAGGGCAGAGUGGAGAUAUAUUACAGAGGUAGAUGGGGAACUGUUUGCGACGAUUUGUGGGAUAUAAAUGAUGCGCGAGUUGUCUGUCGUCAACUUGGUUAUCCUUCUGCUGUCAGUGCUCCACACAGCGCCCGGUUCGGUCAAGGAAGUGGAAAUAUUUGGCUGGACGAUGUUCAGUGUCAGGGAUAUGAAAGUUCCAUUGGGAAUUGUAAUCACGCUUCAUGGGGUGUUCAUAACUGUAGACACCAUGAGGAUGCAUCUGUGGUCUGCUCGAGUAAGUAUGAUAUUUAUUUAUUGUGA